CGCUCGUAUCAGCUUCACUAUUACAGUUCAGGUUGUGGCAGCAUUGCCUGAAGUCUUUCAAACCCGGGGAUUGUUGCCAUAUACUGGAGAAUCAACCCAUUUGUUUUUCGGGAAAACGAUUAAUUGCUCGGUGUGAAAGACGAGCGGAUUUCAGGUCCGUUCCAGCAAAAUUAAUCUGAUAAUCCCCGGACUCCAAAUCCCGACCGGGACCGGUGGGACACAUUCUGGUUACUUUUACUGCGCCAAACAAAGUACAGAAGAGUCUUACUACACAUAUGUGUAGCGUGGAGCGAACGGAACGGAUGCAUAAAGCGCUCGGUUAUUCAGGGCAUUGUUAUUAAGCCUCUCUUUCUGGGGACUUGUCAUUGAGGCAUCAAACCGAAGGGGGGUGAACAGCAGAACCGGAUUCAGCGUUUGGGAUGCUUGUUUUAUAGCGGGAUCUCCAGAAAACUGCUGUUAUCUGAACUUAUCCUAUUGUUAUCCGCAUCGUCGAGUGCUUCUCACGACUUUCCGAUCUGCACAAUCAGACAGAGAGCGAGGAGCAUCUGUACGCAAUUACACGGGCUUUGGAUGUGAUCUAGAUACCUGGCUGUCCUAAACUCCGCAUACACUCACUCGCUUUCAUCGCGGAGCAACUACAGACGUUGCGGCACGUGCAGUUUUAUUAAGAGUUGAAGAAAAGCACGUUGCAUCCAUCUGUCCUAUCGUGAAGGGCUGGACUGAAGUGGAUUCUGUCGAAGUUGCAUGAAUUGCCGAGUCGCUCUUUGCAGAUCGCUGUAGCAGAUCGGAUAUUUGGCGCAAGGCGUAAAGUGAGAUGGCGAUGUUGGCGACUUUUUGGAUACUCCUGCUGGUAGCUUUGAACGCUCCAGCAGGGAACGGGCAGUCGGUGCAGACGGACCCCAGUAAAUCUGGAUUUGUGGGCGAUACGGUCGAGCUGCGUUGUCUCUUCAUCAACAGCAAGCCACCAGUAAAGAUCUCUCAGGUCACCUGGCAAAAGCUGAUAAAUGGCACCAAGCAAAACGUGGCCACUGCGAACCCGGCCUUAGGUGUGUCGGUUCUGCCCCCUUUCAAAGACCGCGUGAGCUUCAAGCACCCCGCCGUGCGCCAGAGGACCCCUUCUUCUCUCGAAGACACCACCAUUGUGUUCAACACCCUGCGGCUGUCUGAUGAAGCAGCCUACAUCUGCGAGUACACCACCUUCCCAGCAGGCAACAGGGAGAAUAUGGUCAACUUGUCUGUCUAUGCAAAACCGGAGACGAAGAUGAUGUUGACCUCACCUACCAUCAUCGCACGGAUGCCGAGGCGUAAGAUGCAAGUAGCCACCUGCACAUCGGCUAACGGCAAGCCCCCCAGCGUCAUCAAGUGGGAAACCAAUCUGAAGGGCGAGGCCAACUUCCAGGAAACACGCAAUCCUAAUGGCACAGUGACCGUGCGCAGUAGCUACUUAGUGAUGCCCAGCCGUGAGACCCACAGACAGAAACUCACCUGCAUCGUCACCUACCGCUCAGAGCGCUUCACAGACAGCGUCAUCCUCAAUGUCCAGUAUGAACCAGAGGUGAAGAUUGAGGGGUUUGACGGGAACUGGUAUCUGAAUCGACAGAAUGUGCAGCUGACCUGCGACGCAGACGCCAACCCGGCUGUCACCGUCUACCAGUGGAAACUGCUGAAUGGAUCUCUUCCCAACAAUGUUGAAAUCAAGAACAACACCUUGUUUUUUAAAGGCCCGGUGACGUAUGAGCUUGGAGGAACGUACGUCUGCGACGCCACCAAUAGCAUCGGCACGCGCUCGGGACUGGUGGAGGUCAACGUGACAGAAUUCCCUAACUUCCCAUCUCCUGAGGACCGCGAGAUCCCGCUGGAGCAUCACGGUUCCGGGGCUGCCAUCGGCGGCGCGGUCGGCGGCGUGGCCCUGCUGGUCGCCGCCAUCGCGCUGCUCGUCUUCUUCCUGAGGCGUCGCCAGCGCACCUUCAAGGGCGACUACAGCACCAAAAAGCACGUGUUUGGCAACGGAUACAGCAAGGCUGGCGGGAUGCCUGCCCAUCCACCCGUGCCCAAGAACUUACAGUACCCCGACGAUUCGGACGAUGAAAAGAAACCGGCUCAAAUCAGCGGCCCCGGCGGUUUCGAGGGCGGCGAUCGGGAUUUCGACGGCAACUCCGAGGAUUUGAAGAGACCCUAUUUCACCGUAGACGAAGGCGAAAGUCGCGAUUACGACGAACGGACUCUCGCUUUCAAGUACGACCCCGAGCCCGAGAUCGCCGACGACAUGGUCUCCCAAACCGACGGCUCUGUUAUUUCAAAGAAAGAGUGGUAUGUGUAGAGCGGCAUGCAACAAAAUGGAAAAAAGCAACAACCUUUUGCCCUCUCCUGCAUCCAACACCACCCGACCACCUCCAUCACUCGAACCCGCAUCCCUCCGUGUGUUUAUCCCUCCCUCCCGCACCUCAUCCCAAACCCCUGACCCCAUCAGAGCUCAUGGAAAUAAACAGCUGUAGAAAAAUAGCUCGCAGCAUCCACACGUCAACGUCGUGACAUCCACAUGCUUUUAAAUAAACCUGCGAUUCUCACGGACUGAUGCCAACCGACAUCCACUGAGACUGGACAGGCAGGUUGCUUGAAAAUAUUAAAGUGUAUUAUCCUUUUGCCUCAUUUUGUUGUUCUUAUAAAUGUAUUAAAUGUAUAGAAAAGAGACUGUAACUGUUUUUGGGAAGGGGCAUAUUGCUGGUCAUAUUGUGAAAGUCUUACACUGGAUGUACGAUUUUAUUUUGAGUCUUUUUAUCUCAUUAGCGUCAUAUUGCUUUCGCAUAAAUGGCCGUUUUUUGUUUGUUUGUUUGUAUAAUCUUUUUUAAAUGGGGUGUUGGUUACCAGAAAAAAUGUUGAACUAAAUAUUAGAAUCAGAGGUCCAGUUUUGUCGUGUUUUAUGGGAACAUCACAAUUCUGCCGUCGACAGCGAAACCAAUUCGCCGAAGGACCCGCUCCGAAAUGUGGCAUUUCAGUACAAUUGAAAAAUAGCAUGUGGGUUCUGACUUCUCUUCGAAACCAGUAUUUAUUUUAAGACCCGUCGACGAGGGCUCAGCAUCUCAAAGCAGUAGUCACAUGCGCUCCGCAGUCAACAGCGUAGCUGGCGAAAACUGGGCAUAGACGGAUAAUACGGCCCCCACCCGUCUCCAAUCCGGUACACAUAUGAGAACAAGCGUGGGGUUGAUGUCUUUGAGAAAAUCCCUUCAGCUCUUCAGUCUUAGGAUUCAGACGGGCUUACAUCAUGGGUAGUCCAUUUCCUCUGAAAACUACUAGACAUAAAAGGCUAAACCUGUAUAAUAUGGUGUUUGUUAUUUAGAGUUGGUGAUGUGGAGUGGUCCAUUAUGAGUCAAGGUCUUGUAAAUAUGAACAGGUUCAAUGAUAAUGUUUAGUUCCACAGGAGGUUUAUUCCGCAAGCACCGUUUAGGGCCUUUCAGACGAAUGAAGGCAGCAUUCGGGUCACGGGAACGUGCAAAGUCUGGAGGUAAACGCGUCAACAAGCGGCUCCCAAUAACACAGGCACCACAGACAUGCAUGAAACCACCUGGUUAUGUACUGCUGGACAUUCAAAACCACAGGAUCUGCUGCUAGUUUGCAGCCAGGAAUGGUUUGCAAAAACUUUAUCUGAUCCGCCGUAAGGAGCAAGCUACGUAUGAAUAUUUCGAUACAUGAAACGGUAUCAGAAUUAACGGGGGAAGAAGUACUGCGCAUAAACCCAUAAAAAAACCUUCAAAAAUCACACGGACAUCAGUCGGCGUAUCCCGGAUGGCCACAAACCGUACGAACAUUCGAGCUUCAUUUUAAUGCACGUGUGUCUGUUUCUCUUUUUUGUUGGUUUGCUUUCGCCAGAGCCUUGAUGUUUCACAAGAGAAGAUCUGCCAGGGAGUUUUGUGACAGGGUGGACAGUAUUCACCAAAGCGAUUUCAUUUCCAGAGACAAAUAACCUAACUGCAUCCCUCCAGACUCCAAAAAAAGCAUUAGUGGAAUUUAUCAUGGCUCGUCUAUGAAAUAUUUAAUUCCCUCGCCUGCCUUAAACGGGACUCUGGAUAAGAAAUAGAGAUUAGGAUGCUGAAUGGCUGUAAUCACAUAGACAAUCCAAAGCGGAUACGAGGAACUCUAGAUGAAAGCCCUGUAGGCGCAGAAGCUGCGGACUUUCACAUUUUCCGCACUGAAUUGGAGGCAAGAUGGAUUUAAACGUGUCGAAAUGCGAGAAAGAAAUUGUCAAUUAGUCCUAAAUAAUAGUCACGGUGUGGGGCAUGUGUAUGUGUCUUCAAAUUCUGCAGAAUUCACGUGGGCCUGUUCGUGUGGGUCUCGGUACACUUUACAUAUCUCAAUGUUCGACCUUUGGUUUCACCUAAAACGGACCACAUGAUGAAAAAUUGUACAUUUGUUGCUUAGUUUCUGAUUGUAUUUUUAGCUCUAUCAAAGUCAAUGUGCAGCGUUAUUCAAAUCGCAGUGCCUAUGAUGUGAGAUGUAAGGUUUUACUUGUUUUAACGUCUGUACAUACUGUUUUCUUUUUUUACGUUUCGUUGUGUCCUGUCUGCCGUCACUGUAAAUCAUGUUUGGACAGUAGCACGACGAUAUCAUAAACAUAUCAUGAACAUACGAGUCAGCGCCUUGACUUCAAGUAUUACGGAAGCUGUGUUUUAUAAAUAGACACGUUUUCUUUGCUUCUUAUAAGAUGAUGAAAUAUAAAAGCAGCCCAGCGGCAGUACAUCAACGCAUUUUUUAACCAGCUGCAAAGAGUUGCACCAUCAGUCAGUUAUGGUUAAAGAGACUGACAUCAAUUUAGCUAAAGCACAAGGUUUUAUUAAGUUCUGUUCAAUUUCAUUAUUUCUGUGUGUCAUUCACAGAACGUUUUCACCCCUGUGCGACCAGGGGUUUGUUCGAGAGUCCUUUUUAUUUUGUUAAGCUAAGCACAAGUUACUUAACCACCAAAUGGCUAAAAUGACUCUUGAAUUCAUUUUCAUGACCCAUCGCUGUUUUUAAAGUAGUCUGUCUGUUGGCACAGUUGAUGUUAAGGCUUCUCCGCACAAGCGCAUGGACGUACAUUAGACUUUCUCUUCUGUUACUGUCGUUUUAAAGACUUUUUAUUCUUUUUUUAUAUUUUCUUCAGGUUGCUAUUGGUUUUCCAUUCCACUGUCUCGUGUAUUUCUAACUGCCCACUUCAAAGCCUGACAUUCCACUGUAAAUAAUGUAUGUAACUAUAGCUGGGUUUACUGUACUGUAUGUAGAGGGAACGGAAACAGCGCGGACUUUGACCGCACGGACGAACUCGAAAACAAAUUAGACAGCUCAGUUGGCUGGAGAUGUAUAGCUUAUUGCCAUAAAUCUACUUUAACAUUGACUUUGGUAGAUGGUUUUGAUAUGUCAAUGGCUUCUGUAUAGAGCCGCGGGGCCGAUGCGUUACAAUGACUUUGUACAUAACUUGCGAGAAAACAAAGGACAAAAAAGCAUAAAACAAACAAAAAGAAAGAUCUUGUCUUCAUGCAGCCGUGUGAAUGUAUGUCUGCUGAGGUCGGUAAUGAUAUGAAAAAAAAUAUACAGUAUAUAUUGUUCACAUGUGUUGACCCAGUGAAGUAAACUGUAUUUGCUUUAAAACAUUAAAUGAUUUCAAUGUUCAAAUA